AUGAGUGCCCCUGUGGAGCCCAACUUUCCAACCCUUGUCCGUCGACACCACCACACCUCUCCCAUCUUCCACCCCAAUCUCCGGCGCACACAUGAAGUCAUUCAGCGGCCGGAGUGGGUGCGGCGGGCGGGGGAGGCGGUCGCCCAUCGCGGCUCCGUUGGGGUGCUGGCGCUCUUCGGCAUUAUGUUUGCCAGUUGUCUCGGCGGCGGAUAUGGAUUUGAGGACACCGUUGGUGCCGCCGGGCCGCUUGUCACCCUCAUUGUGGGUCUUCUCGUCCCGUGGAUUUGGUCGUUUCCAACGGGUCUUGCCGUCGCGGAGCUCUCGACAGCCGUGCCAAGUAACUCCGGCGUGCUGAUGUGGGUAAAUGCAGCUUUUCCGGCAUAUGUCUCAUUUAUGUGCAUUAUCUCUACUAUUUUUAUUAUUUUUAUUGGAAAUGCGACUUUUCCAAACCUUACAGCGGAGUACGUAUCUGACUUUGCAUCACUUAGUAAAGGUGGUCAAAUUGGAGUAAAGGUUGGAGUCGUUGUUCUUUGUUGUAUUCUUAACGCUUCAGGUAUUGAAAUUGUUGGAUCAGCUUCUAUUGUUGUAUGUUUUAUUGCCCUUUUACCAUUUUUGAUCCUUUCAUUCCAGUAUAUAUUUACUCAUGGUUUGGAUUGGAAAGCUAUUUCCCAUGUAAACGUGAGUGACAUUGACUGGGGAUCAUUCCUCAGUAUGGUCAGUUGGAACUACGCCAAUGUUGAUAAUGCUGGAUCUAUGGUGGAAGAGGUGGAUAAUCCGAGGGUAACUCUUCCACGUAUGAUGAUACCACUUAUGUUUUCUUCCUAUGUUGCCUAUCUUCUUCCCAUGUUGGCUGGUGUCAGUGCUCUUGGACCGGAUCAAGAUUAUUCAGCAUGGCAAGCAGGACGUUGGCCAGAAAUUGCACGUAUUAUUUCAGGAAAUUGGCUCAGAUAUUAUUUAUUUGGAGGAGCUAUUGUGAGUGGAUUGGGUUUUACACUUACAUCCAUGUGCUGCACGAGUCGAGUUCUCGCUGGUAUGGGUACGAUGCAGAUCUUUCCCAAAAAGAUCUCGCGUAUUAUUGGUUACUAUCAUCCAACCAUUGGUACACCAAUUCCAGCAAUUUUGCUUAAUGCAACGGUAACGUUGGUGUUUUCUGUAUCUAUGGAGUUUGGUGAGGUUGUGGCACUUUGUCAGUGCUUAUAUUGUCUACGUAUGGUUCUCGUGUACGGGGCACUGGUCAAACUGCGUAUUGAUUAUCCUAAUUUGGCGAGACCAUUCGCAUUACCUUUCGGCACUCUUGGUUGUGCACUUUUCUUGCUACCGGCAACUAUCUUUUGUCUGGUUGCUACCGUUGUCUCUGCUACUGUUUCUUUCGCUAUUGGUAUGGCACUUGUUGGCUUUCUUGUCAUUGGCAGUAUUUUAUCAUACCUUUACUGUCGCUUCUUUGCCCGUAAUGGCUUUCAAGGAGUUAUUGUGCAAUGUGAACUCACAGACGAGGAUGAUGAUGAUGUUCAUGAGGACUCGCCAAACGGUAAUGCCACCAAUACUGUGGAAGUGAAUAAAGGCGUCUUUUAUGAUGAUGGAUACCAGGAAAAGGAAGGGAAUAUGUUGUUUGGUAUUCUCCCACUUGGUAACUCUGUCGGUGAAGAGAAUGAACGGGAGAUGCGAGCAUUGAUCAAUAACAGUACUGAUAAUAACAACGACAUCAAUAAUAAUAACAGUAUCAAUAUCAAUAAGAACAACAGAGAAGGUUGUGAGCCGCUUGCACGCUCCCUCCCGAUGGGAUCUUCUUAUGGAGGUGCACAAAGCGCACCCGUUUUUCUACGGGAUAUUCCAGGGCAUGUUGGAAUAGAUGACGUUGCGGAUGAGAAGCCCCCUCCGGCCUCUGGUCAGGGCCGAGAAUUUUAA